AUGGCUCAACGGCUUUCCAACCUGUCAAAUCAAACAUGUUGGAACUGCUCAAGCACAGCUCAAGAUGACAAAUUUGAAGAUACUGUUUCUGUACUUUCCUAUUUAACCGAGGAAGCAGUAGUUGUUCUUUCUUUGAUCUGCGCUUUCGCCAGCCUCAUUGGAAGCGCCGGCAACGCCGUAGUUCUACUUGCGGUCUCGAAAUACGACCACCUCAGGACAAUCCCCGAUCUGUUUAUCGCCAGUUUAGCAUUCUCUGACUUAACAGUAUGCGUGUUGUUUCUACCGAUGUCCAUUUAUCACUUUCAAUACCCAGAUGCCAAAGACGAAAACGUGUCAUUUUAUUUAACAAAGAUCUUUUUUGGCCACUUCUCCAUGGUCGCAUCUGCGACAAAUAUGUUCGCAGUAACGAUUGAUCGCAUUUUCGCGCUUCGAUUUCCCUUCAAAUACACAGCAAGAAUGACAAAGAUGCACGCUCUGGCCGAGAUCGCUAUCGUCUGGGUGAUCGCUCUAACAUUUGGAGCCCUCUACGCGCGUGAAGUCCUCUCGAGUAUUUACGUGGCAUUUUACAGCACUGUCCUGUUGUUUGGCACAAUAGCAAUGUAUAUAUACAUCUUUGUAGUUGCGAAACGCCAAGAGAACAGAAUCCAGGACAUUACUAUGGUAUCUGGGGGCUCAUCAGUGGAAAAAAAGGUGGCCAGGACCAUAUUCACAGUUGUGGGGGUUUAUACCGUAUGCUGGUUACCAAUGCUUUUAUUUCCAGUUAUUGUUAAUCCUUCAACGAAACCAGAACAGUUUGGAAAAGGGUAUUCUUGGGUUCAAACUUUUCUGGCUUGUAACUCGGCAGUCAAUCCUUAUAUUUAUUGUGCAAGGAGCCAAAAAUACCGAAAGGCAUUUGCCGAGAUACUAAAAAUAAAGGGCUUUAAUCGUGACCAGCCCAAGCCAAGUUCCCGGGAAUUAUAA